AUGUCAAGUGACGAAGAUGAUGUUGGGCCCAAUGUCAAUGUCAGCGUGCCCCCGAAGCCCCUCCGGACCAGAUUCACCUUCAGCAGCCUGGGCUCGAAAGUCAGGCGAAAAUCAGACGAGGGCAGAUUUCAUUCAUCUCAAGCGUCGCAUUUGAAAGAUCAUAAGAUCGAAUCGUCUGAUUUAAGUUCAGACGAUGUUGAUAUACCCCUAAUGCCGAAGGUUACAAGAACGAAAAGCAAUGCCGACCUCCAGUGUAAAGAAGCAUGGGGCACUGCAAUUGCCGCACAAGUAGCCGUGCAGCAUUCACUGAAGACCCUGCGGAAAAACUUGGAGGCAUACGAAGCAAAGGCAACUGAGCACAAGUGGAUGGACGUCGUCCUGGCGCAAGCCAGCGUGACUGAGCUAUUCCAACAGAUGGCCAAAAAGGCUUCGGAAAAGCAGCAAAAGCGAGGGAUUGAAAGGCAAGGCACUAGAUGGCACGGCAACUUCUCGGCAGUAGCCUUAGAGUACACCAAACUGCUGGAUGUGGUGAUGAAUCAAUCCCCAGAAUAUGCAAGUGCGGCAUGGGGAGCCCUGAAAAUUCUGCUUGUUGCCCAAAUCAGCCAUUCAAAAUUGAAGGACAACGUUGAAGCGUACCUGUUGGCCAUUGGAGAGAGAAUUGGACUGGUUAACCAGCUUCUCUGCUAUACACCCACGGAUAAGAUGGUGGAGGCCGUUGGUCUCCUUUACGCAAGUUUCUCCCAAUUCUUAGGGAAAGCACUUCGAUGCUAUUCUAAAUGUAGAAUCACAAAGGUCUUAGAAGCAUUUACUUUUCCGUGGGAAACCAAAUUUGACAAAUUGGUUUCACUGAUGGAUCAUCAAUUCCGCCGAAUUCAGGAACUCGCACACGCAAGUCAUUACCAUACAAGUCUCAGAAGCAAGCACCUUCUUGAGUCCAUAUGGGAUUGCGUACAAGAAAAUCGAACCGUGUUACAACAAGAACGGAGUACAGACCAAGCGAACCAGUCAAAGAGCAACCAAAUGAGGGAACAAAUUAGGGAGGAGCUGAGAGACGAGAUGAAGCAGGAGAUCUCUGGGCUGCUUGGCACAUUUCAUACGAAGUGGCUACAACGCUUUGACGAAUUGAUUGCGCAACAAAGCUCUGGAAUCGAACCUGUACCAACGUCAGGGAAAUCGGCUAGCAUGACCAGCAAAGGCCGCGGUAGUUCUGGCUCGAAGGACAAGCAAGAAUACUUUGCCGUUCGCGCCUCUUCGACAGAAGAAAUCAUAAAAUUUCGGGAUGCCUGCUUUCCUCUGCUGCGUUAUUUUGACAAAACCGAGAGCUUUCUUCGAGCCAGGAAUCGCCGUCUUCGACCAUUCGAAUACCAACAGUGUGUGACCAUUUUGAGGAACCUCAAGAUGCAGACCUGGCUUAGCGAACGCGAUUCGUCCCUUCUAUGGAUUGACAGCUACCUGGAAACAAGAUUUACCGACUGGAAGACGGCUUUGGUGCUUGAACUGAUUGAUCACACGGAGAAGUUAGACCAGUCUGUAGUACUGAGACAUUUCUGCCAGAAAGCUAACGCCGACAAGCCGGCCUCAACGGCUGCGCUCACUAUUCAAUCAAUGAUUUUCCAAAUCUUAUAUCGGAGCAUGAAGAGAUUCAAGGAUAAAGACUCCCGGUUUGUUCUACAGCGAUUUGAACAAGCAGGAGCAGAUAUCGAGGAAUUGUGGGCCUUGUUCAUGGAUAUCCUGGAGGUUGCGAGAAUUGGCUGCGUUUGGCUCAUGAUCGACAACGCCGACUUGCUAGAAAGGGACUCUGACGAAGAUCGAUCGGAUGCUCUCCAGCUCCUACAAAGGCUGAGUGAUCUCGUAGAGGGCGGUAACAUGACUAUCAAAGUCUUAAUCACUGCUCACAUUGAGAAUGAACCUUUGUCGUCUGAUGUUCUAGAUCAAGGCGCACUGCCUUCAAAUUACUCUGUGAUGAAGGUUCCGCGAGGAUUCCAUCGAAAUAAAGCCACCGCGUCUGUGGGCCGGGAAAAGAGGUUUGUCCGCUUACCUGACGAUAACGUGGAGAAAGCGUCAACGCGCCCCACUGAUGUCAGCAUUGAAGACUUCAACUCCUCUACUUCCAGCGACGAUAAUGGCGAUUUAGAAUCAAUUCUCAUCGCAAGCGGACGCCCCGCCAAGAUCACUUCCGUUAAUCCUGCACGAGCAAAGCACGAAGAAAACAGUACCACAGACACAGAGCUUGAGGUGAAUCCUUUCGCCGCAAGCUCCUCUUCUGAAGAGGAUGGUGGAGUAGUCUCAGCCAAAUUGCACGGCCCGGCUUUACAUUCAUGCUCCAGUGAGGAAAGCCUACUUGGAGUGGACCACCAGGAGGGCGUCUGUGCGGGAAACGAUACACUUGAUGAUCCUUACGCAGACCUCUUACGGGAGUCUGAAAACGAUUCUGACAAUCUUCCCGAACCAACGUCCUCGCCCAUUACGCCUAAAGCGGCUCCUCUACCGGCCAUGUGUUUUUCAACCGACGUCGCCUCGAACGACCAAUCAAAAGAGCCUUCCUCGGAGCUCAAUACUCACUUAAUUUCUGGACAAGCUUCCAAUUAA